AUGCUACUCUUCGACUCCAUCACCUUUUCCCUCUCAAUCCUCUCCACUGUCCCAAUCACACGCGCCGCGUUCUACUAUCCCACACCCGCCAUCUCCUUCCUCGAACACAUCCUCGUCGACAACUGGGGCGCUUAUGCUUCCAAUUUCUCCUCCGCAAUCACCCCUUGCACGAAUUAUGUUUCGCAGACCGGUACUACAGGGCUCAAUAGUGGUCGCACCACCGCUGCCCAAUGGAUGCGCGUCAUGUUCCACGACUUUAUCACCGCGAAUGUGAGUGCGGGCACGGGAGGUAUUGAUGCUAGUAUUGGAUUCGAGACGGCGAGGGAAGAGAAUAAGGGGAUGGCUGAUCUCGUUGCACUCGGUACAGUUAUGUCGAAUAAUCUCUGCGGAGGCGCGCAGAUGCCAUUUCGACCUGGCCGCGUUGAUGCGUUCGAAGCAGGAAAGACUACGGGCGUCCCGGCACCAGAGACGGAUCUAGAAGAGACACUACUUUUCUUCGAGCGCGCAGGGUUCGACAAGGUGGAUGCUAUUGGGCUCACGGCUUGCGGACACACUCUGGGUAGCGUACACCACGGCGGCUUCCCGGAGGCUGUAGACGAGAGCUUCGUCACGCCCAGUAACACGAAUGGCGGUAGUAAUUUCGACACUACACGCGGCGUCUUCGAUCCAAAUGUCCUCGGCGAAUACUUGAACGGAACGGGAAAAAAAGGAGGACCGCUAGUCAUGUCGUAUAACGACACGAUGAAUUCCGAUAAACGGCUUUACGAGAGCGAUAAGAAUGCGACGAUGCGCACUCUCUUCGCACAAGGAGUUGGAUUUCUCGAUACGUGUGCCGAGCUCAUGGGUCGCGCCAUCAAUACUGUGCCUGCUGGUGUUCAGCUCAGCGAAUCGAUUGCUAUUAUGCCGUUCAAGCCGUUCAACACGACCUUUGACUUCGACCAGGAUGGGAGGUUGACGCUUUCGGGAAAGAUCAGAAUCCUGACACCGGCAGCGUGGCACGUUGGCGCCGAAGAUGAGUGGGAUGAAUAUGGUACUGAGUGA